AUUUGAAGGACAUUGGAUGAUUUUGCGUCCUACAGAGGUUGUUCUUUGCUGGAAAAGAUUCUGGCCACUGUUUCCAACGACGCCAAUUUUUCUCAAAUCAGCCCAUACCAAUUUCCAAAGCAUGAAGUUCAAUGUUUGUUUUGUUUUGGGAGGACCAGGUGCUGGGAAAGGCACAGUGUGUCAGCAAAUAGUACAAGAGUAUGGAUACACGCAUUUAUCUGCGGGUGAAUUACUUCGACAAGCUCGUGACUCAUCAGACUCUGAAUUUGCUAACAAAAUACAAAUGCAUAUGAAGAAUGGAACAAUAGUGCCGGCGAAAAUAACUUGCGGCUUGUUAUAUCAAGAAAUGACAAAAACUUAUCAGAAAUCUGGUUGUGUAAAUUUUCUCGUAGAUGGCUUUCCACGUAAUGAUGAUAAUCGAUUGUGCUGGGAAGAGGAUAUAGGCCCUAUUACAGUUUUGAGACGUGUCAUCGUACUAGACUGUCCGGAUGACAUUUGUAUACAACGUUGCCUUGGACGAAAGUCGAAUAGAGUGGAUGAUAAUGAAGAAACUUUACAGCAUCGUAUAAAACAGUUCAAGGAACAGUGUAUGCCAGUGAUUCAAUUUUAUGAUGCACAAAAUCUAGUGACAAUAAUUGAUGCAAAGAAGUCGAUACCGGAAGUAUACGAUCAAGUUCGACAAAUGAUGAAAAAGUUGGAUAAUUGAUAAAUAAUAAAUGAAUUAACUAACCAAAUUGUUCUGUAACUUAUACCGACACUACUCUGUUUCCUGUGAUUUUCUUCAUCUCCCUUGUAGGAGGGUUGGCACCUCCUUAAUAUUGCUAUUAUUUUUUUGUUUUUCAAAGUCAACUUACGGUUACAGUAUAUUAUUUAUAUUAUGUGAGAAUUACACUGCUUUCUCUGUAGAUAUUAAAGCUUGCAAAACACUUCGGGCAAAUAUAUGUAUUGUUUGGUAAACUGUCACUUCUAGGAAAUAUUUCCUCCACAAGUAAAGCAUGUGUUUGCAUAUGAGUAUAUGAUCGGUUAGCGGGUCACAGAAGACAACAUUCAAACGCUGACUAAGUGAUGAGUAGACAUUAUAUGACCAUACACGAUGUAGCAUCAGGUUAGGUAUUACUAUUUCAGUACAUAUUCGCUGUGCAGAUUUGCAUAUAUUUCAGUCAGUACAAAAUAAGACAUCAUAUAACAGACAUAUCUUUAGAUGAUGACUUUAUUUGUUAGAAGACAGGAGUUUACCUGAAGAGUUUUGUCGUAAUACAAUUCG